AGGCGCGUGCGGCGGAGAGCUGGCUCGGAUACGUGCGCACUUGCUGUGUCCUCAGUCUGAGUACUGUUACAAUCGCAAGGUAACCGAGGAGCGAGUCAGCCGUGGCAUCGACGGCGUUGCGAAAACGAAUCGAGCGAUGAAAGGUGAAUAUUAGUCAUGGAGAUAGGAGCGUCAGGUGUGACGGCAGCGCUGCUGUCGACUGUGGUUGUCCUGUGCAUUUCCUGGCUGGUCAAGAGAAGGCACCAGCAGCGUCUAUUCCGAAGGUACGGGAUUCCUGGACCCGCGCCCAGCAUUUUAUUUGGAAACUGGAGGCAGCUGAAGGAAGAUAGACUCGAGGUCAUGGACGAUUGGAUCCGGGAAUAUGGCAAGGUGUUUGGCUUCUACGAGGGCGAGAUUCCAAUAGUCGUCAUCAGUGACCUCGACAUGAUCAAGGAAUGCUUCGUCAAGCAGGCAGACGUGUUCCGUGACCGAAUGCCCUUAAUCAUAGAAGUGGAGCCCGUGAAAAGCAGUCUACUCGCUCUUAGAGGAACCGCAAAGUCGACCAACGCCAUAUUACAGAGUGACGAGUGGAAGAAAGUGCGCUCUCUGCUCAAUCCCACCUUCAGCAGCGCCAAGAUGAAGUUGAUGUCGCAGGUUAUGAACGCUUGUGCCGACACGCUGGUCGAGGUGAUGUCGGAGAGACUCGCCGCGGAUCAAGACAUCAUCGACGUAACUGAAAGCUCUCAGGCACUUUCCAUGGAUGUCAUCACUAAGUGCGCUCUCGCUUGGCAGGUUGACUGCCAGAGAAAUGUCGACGACCCUACGCUCAGAUGUCUGCAGAAAAUUUUCCUCCAAGUGGACCAACGUAUGAUGACUUCCGCCGUCGCCAUUCCUAUCCUCCGAAAGAUCUACGCUUGGAUCUUUCCUCUGGUCACCUAUGGGAAGCUGCUUCUCCAAAUUUCGGACAACUUGCGUAAUGUUAUCGCUGUCCGAUCGGCGAAAAACGAAGGGAAGCAGCGAAGCUCCGGGGACAUUAUUCAGCUGAUGCUCGACUCCAGAAUCGAGGCUGCUCAACAAGGGAUCGACAAAGUCGAAAUCACGGACAGACACCUAGUAGCAAACUGCUUCGUUUUCCUCGCCGCAGGCUUCGAGACAACUGCUACGACGCUCGCGUUUCUCUUGUACGAACUGGCCCGACAUCCUGAAGAGCAGGACAAGCUGUACCAGGAGGUUAAGUAUCAGCUAACGGAGAGCUCUGUUCACCUUGGUUACGACGACGUGCAAAAGCUAAAGCGAAUAGACGCAGUCAUCAGCGAGUGCCUUCGGCUCUAUCCUCCCAUCGUCCUGUUCACCGCCAGGGUGUGCGCAAGGGACACGCCGAUCUCAGGUUACACAGUGCCCGCUAGUGCGCAUAUCAUUCUGCCCACGUGGCACGUUCAUCACAAUCCAAACAUAUGGCCCGAGCCGCACAAGUUUAUCCCGGAUCGAUUCCUAUCAGACACCGGACAAGGAGAACGAAGGCAUGCGGCCGCCUACGUGCCGUUCGGUUUGGGACCACGCGAGUGCAUAGGGCGCCGGUUCGCUCUUCUGGAGUUGAAGACAGUGCUCGCCAAGUUGGUCAGGACGUACGUUUUCAGUUUGUGCGACGAGACCGACGAGCCAAUGAAACUCACCGUGCCGACCGUCACUCUCAAUCCCAAGCGGAACAUCAAGCUUCGAGUGACACGAAGGAGCUACUGAAACGAACUUUGUUUUUGUUUUCCCGUGGUUUCUGCUUACGUCGCGAAAGCUUUGAAUUCAGUCGUUCUUUUUAAUUUGCCGGUCUACUGAGGUGAGGCCAUGCGUUUUCUAAUAAAAUACAUGUUGUACAGGGUA